AGACAGUAUGAGCCCCAAGGACCCGGCAGCGCGUGACCGUGCAGAUGCCAGACUUUUACAGGCACGUUUCAAGUCUCCGCCGUGACAGCUCUCCUAACAUUUGUGGAUUUUAACGUUAUUUACACGUCGGACAGGUAAGCAACUAAGAGAUGUCGUGUUUUGGUGGCGAUCCCAACUUCUGCCCAGAAUGUGGGAAUAUUCUUCCUCUCCCGGGAAUUCAGGACACUGUGCGCUGUCCCCGCUGCUCCUUCUGCAUCCCUGUAGCAGAGUUCUCAGGCCAGGAGAUCCGCUCUACAAUCGUCUUCAACCCUGUGGAGCAGUCAUCAGCGGCUCUAGAGGACGAGGCAGACUCCGAACUGAAGGGAGCUGUGAUUGACCGACGCUGCUCUCGUUGCAACAAAGAGGGGAUGGUUUACCACACCAGACAGAUGAGAUCUGCAGACGAAGGGCAGACCGUCUUCUUCACCUGUAUACACUGCAGGUAUCAAGAGAAGGAGGACUCGUGAGAAGAAAUCAAACUUCUCCAUGCAUCUGAUCUCAUGUCUGGUUGGAUGCUUCGUCAACACGUGGGUUGUAAAUAUAAGUUUGAAGGUUUCACCUCUCCUCCCAGAGCAUCCCAGUGACUCUUCCUCAAUUAUUAACAUUCACACAGACAAAAUAAUCUUAACUCGGGAUCGACUUCCUCGCUUUAUUUCAUGAAAAGAGUGUAGCUCUUGACAUUAAUGAUGUUCUACGGAUGAAUGAAUGAGUUGAGACCAGCAGAAACAAACUAAACAACUUUAUCACUGAACGAAAUGUAUUUACUUAAGAUGUGACAUGUAUGCAACUGAAUUUGUUUAUAGUAAAUUCCACAUUUUUUUUAAAGAAUGCUAUAAAAGUUUGUUUGAUGUUGAUGUGGAGUAUGUUUUAAAAAUAAACUUUGAGUUUCUAUGUA